AUGGAAGACUCGACGUCCCCGAAGCGAGAAAAAGCAAACCAAGAUCCGAGGGAAGCAGGGCAGCCAUGGGAAGAAGUAACAGCAGCUUCUUCCCAAGGUCUUGAGUCUGGGUUAUCUGAGCCCUUGGAAUUGGAGCAGGGGCUGGAAACUGGACCCCAACCCAGAAGCCCUCCUCAGAGCCCACAGUCCAGAGCCAGCAUCCCUCUGGAUGACCUCACAGGACCAGGUGCAUCAUAUCCACCUUCCCCUCCACAGGAGGCCUCUUACACUCCUUCUCCCCCGGCUCUGGCCAGACAGGACCUUGCAGUGCCAUGGCAGUCAGACAAAACCACUAGUGUGAAUCCCGAAGCUGGGACACCUCACGUCCACCAUUUGGAACAAUCGUCUGAUAAAGGAGAAUCGACUGCUUCUCACACAUUCCAAUCAGAGGGAAGCACCUUCCGACAGUCUCAGCAAACCAAACAUCACCUGUAUGGACCAGAGGAUGUGAACUAUAACAACUCCAAACAAAAAGAGCUGAGAUUUAACAUCUUUCAGGACGAAGACUCAAACAGUAACUAUGAUCUGGAUUACGCUGAACCUGGGGUCUCUGAACUGGCCCCCAGCAUGCUUGAGAUCACCAUUCAGAGUGCUAAGGCUUACUUACAGAAGACUAGUAGCAAGUCUGGCUUAAAUUUGUAUGAUCAUCUUUCUGAUAUGCUUGCCAAGGUCUUAGAUGAGCGUCCGGAAAAUGCUGUGGAUAUCAUUGAAAGUAUCAGCCAAGAUGUGAAGAUGAGACAUUUUAGGAAAAAAUUAGAUACACUCCAAAAUGAGAAUGAGAUGCUUCCAACAUAUGAGAUAGCAGAGAAGCAAAGGGCUCUUUUUCUCCAGGGAAAUUUGGAAGGAGCUGACCAAGAACUAGAAGAUGAAAUAGCAGAAAACGCUCUCCCAAAUGUAAUGGAGUCAGCUUUUUAUUUUGAACAAGCUGGAGUUGGUUUGGGCACAGAUGAGACUUAUCGCAUAUUUCUUGCCCUCAAGCAGCUUACUGACACCCACCCCAUCCAAAGAUGUCGUUUCUGGGGCAAGAUCUUGGGUCUGGAAAUGAAUUAUAUUGUAGCUGAAGUAGAAUUCCGUGAGGGAGAGGAUGAAGAGGAUGUGGAAGAGGAAGAUGUAACCGAAGAGAGGGACGAUGCAGAUAGCGAAGCUGAUGAAGACGACGAAGACCAAUUACCAAGGACCUUUUACAAGACCCCACAGGCUAUACCAAAAGAAGAAAACAGGACGGGUGCCAACAAAUAUGUGUAUUUUGUUUGCAACGAACCAGGAAGACCAUGGGUGAAGUUACCCUCGGUUACGCCUGCACAAAUUGUUACUGCAAGAAAAAUAAAGAAAUUUUUCACUGGGCGUUUAGAUGCUCCCAUCAUAAGCUACCCACCUUUCCCGGGAAAUGAGAGCAAUUACUUACGAGCACAAAUUGCCAGAAUUUCAGCAGGGACCCACGUCAGUCCUCUGGGAUUCUAUCAGUUUGGUGAAGAGGAAGGAGAGGAGGAGGAAGAGGUAGAAGGCAGACGAGACAGCUUUGAAGAAAAUCCUGAUUUUGAAGGCACCCAAGUGAUCGAUCUCGUGGAAUCCCUAUCCAAUUGGGUUCAUCACGUGCAACACAUUCUGUCCCAGGGCCGCUGUAAUUGGUUUAACCCCAUACAAAAAAGUGAGGAGGAAGAAGAAGAGGAAGAUGAAGAAAAAGAAGAAGAGAAAGGAGAAGAGCCUGACUAUACAGAACAGGAAGUGGGGCCACCUCUUUUGACACCAAUCUCUGAAGAUUUAGAAAUCCAGAAUAUACCACCUUGGACAACACGGCUAUCCUCAAAUCUCAUUCCUCAAUAUGCUGUUGCAGUCCUUAGAUCCAACCUUUGGCCUGGGGCAUAUGCCUUUUCCAAUGGCAAAAAGUUUGAAAAUUUCUACAUAGGCUGGGGUCACAAAUAUAGUCUAGACAACUAUACACCCCCAGCUCUACCACCAGUGUAUCAAGAAUACCCCAGUGGAGCAGAAAUUACAGAAAUGGAUGAUCCUACUGUGGAAGAAGAGCAGGCUUUCAGAGCUGCACAAGAAGCAGCUGUUCUUUCAGCUGAGGAAAAUGAAGAAACGGAGGAAGACGAAGAGGAGGAUGAUUAUGACCAAGAAUAA